AGUAAAUGUUUGUCAGGUGCUAGAUAUCACUUAAUAAUCAAUUUUCGAAGUGAUCGUUCGCACUCGUAUGUUGACUUACUUUUUUAAGAACUCAAAGGAAAAUUAUUCAUGGAUGUAACUUUACAUAAUUUACCUAUUUAUCUCCAUUCAUAAAUAUGCGUUUAGUACGUAAAUAUUGAGGGUUUUCAUAUUAUUUGUGUGGGGUAUUUUUAUGCAAAAGCCAGCAAAGGGAUUAAGAUUAGACGCUCUAAAAGAUGUCAUCUGAGGUUUAAAGAUCAGAGGAUUUUGGAAUGAAAGUUUCGGACACAGGCGUAUUACACCAGCAGACCUGACGCGCAUCUUCCGGUAGGAUGUCGGACGCGGUGGACGAGGAUGUGCAGCCGAUCGUUAUGGAUAUGGGGACAGGCGUCAUGAGGGCGGGAUUCGCGGGGGACGACGCGCCCCGGGUCGUCUUCACUUCCGUUCUAGGAUCACCAAAGCAUGACGUGGUGAUGCGGAACAUGGUGGACCCUAACAAACCGACCGAGUUUCUGGGUGAGUUCGCCCUCAUGGAGCGCGGCCUUCUAUCCCUCCGCUACCCCAUGGAGCACGGGAUAGUCACGGAUUGGGACGACAUGGAGAAGAUAUGGCACCAUACAUUCUAUAAUGAACUGCGGGUGGCGCCGGAGGAACAUCCGGUCCUCCUCACGGAGCCGCCUCUCAACCCCCGGUCUAACCGAGAGAAGAUGAUUGAGGUGAUGUUUGAGAAGUUUCACGUGCCAAGCGCCUACGUGAGCAUGCAAUCCGUAUUGCCCCUGUACGCUUCCGGUCGCCAUGGAGGCGUGGUCGUGGACGUCGGGGACGGCGUCACGCACAUAACGCCGCAUAUGGGAGUGUACGCAUGGCGGCACGCAAAUACCCGGAAUCAUCUGGCCGGAAGGAGCGUCACUAAUUACCUCGCCCGCUUGUUGACAGAGAGGGGACACUAUUUCCACACUUCAGCGGAACUGGAAGUUGUGAGAGAGAUUAAAGAGCAGCUGGGGUACGUCGCAGAGGACUACCAAGCGGAAAUGACAACCGCCGCUACCUUCAGUAAGCUAGAGAAGCAGUAUGAACUUCCGGACGGUACUUCCAUCACCCUUGGCAACGAGCGCUUCCGGUGUGCAGAGGCAAUCUUCAAUCCGUCUUUAGUUGACGUGGAACAACUAGGGCUAAGUGAACUGUUGCAUGAAACCAUCUGGAAGACGGACAUCAACUGUCGCCGUCACCUCUGCGGCAAUAUCGUCCUUUCCGGUGGCAGCACACUGUUCCCCGGAUUUUCUGAGAGGUUAAGCAAAGAAAUGAAAGCGCUUGUACCGUCGUCCUGCAAGGUAGCUGUGAUAGCUGCGCCUGAACGGAAGUACUCUGUGUGGAUCGGAGGCUCGAUUCUGGCAUCCCUCUCGACGUUCGCACAACAGUGGAUCACCAAGGCGGAGUAUGACGAAGAGGGGCCGACAAUCGGGCACCGGAAGUGCAUCUAGUUAAACCGGAAAUGUUACUGAUUUUUUACCGGAAGUGUAGCUGAUUUUUACCAAAAGUGUAUCUAGCUUAAGCCGAAGUGCAUGAAGUUGCAACGGAAAUGCAUCUGACUGCAGUCGGAAGCGUUGGAAAGCACCGGAAACGCAUUUGAUUGGUUAAUAAUUGGACGGAACUGUGAUAAUAUUGCGGGACACAGUGGCACCCUGUAUGAUCCACUGUUUAAGGCCAUACCAAAUUGUGUUUAUGUUAAGUGCAACCCUUUGUACGAACACCCAUCUAGCUAUCCUGGAUAAAAGAACUCCCGAAAAAAACACGAAUACUAAAGUUACAUGUAGAAUAUAAACGCAAGAGCCUCCUUAGUCCAUCCUGGAGCAUAGAUUUCCACUGUAAAAACCUAAGCAUUCGCGGACGCUAAACAUAGAAACGAUUUGAAAUGGCAUGAUGUUGUGUUACUUCAAUUUCAUAAAUUGAAUAUCAUAGUAUCGUGCAGUCUGUGACGUGUUAUUGAAUGAUGUAUAUUAGUAUAUUUGUAUAUAUAUUGCUCUUUGUAGAAACUUAAUUGUUAUUCAUAUAUAGUUCCAACUAAAAUGUUGCCACUGUUUGCAAUACAGGUUGUGCUAAUUGCAUAAGUGU